CUCCCAAGGGCGGCUUCCUGGCCCCAGCAGAGCGCUGGCUGGCUGGCUGGCUGGCUGGCGGGCGCACUGGCAGGCGCACGGGUGGCUUGCAGGUCUGUUGGGUCGGUGAACUCAAAGCGCCUCUGAUGGCUACCAGGAAAUAACCAGAUCUUUCCCAAAGCAAGAUUGACAAUUCAUUGAGAGAAAUAAAGGAGUGCAGGAAUUGACGAGAUAUUCCAGCUGAAGGGAAGUGACGCUGAUGUGCACAUGAGGAGUGAAAUGUGGGGAGAGGAAGCCCGGAAGAUGCCAGGCCGCUGGCCGAGUGGGCAUUCUGCGCCAGGGGAAGGCCGCAGGAGCGGGAGAGAGGAAAAAAGGGAUGGACCGCCUUGAGAGACGGGAGUUUACCUAUCCUCUGGCAGCUCAGCUGGGCACACCAUGUUGUCCAUGUCAGUGGUUUGGAACUUGAGGGUAGGAGACUUGCAGCCCGAUUCAACGGGACACAGCGCUGCUCCGGUGCUGCCCUGCCGCCCCCAGGAGGGCUUCUCAGCAGCACAGGGAGGCAAAACACAAAAAAGUCUUCCUGCUGCUGAAAAGCCCUCCGUUGGGCUCUGUGGGCUUGCACCAUUCAAAAGGGGGGCGAAAGCCCAAACCCCCUGCACAGGCAUUUUGGUGGCUCCGCCCCCAGCUCCUCCCCCAGAAUGGCCCCACCAUGCUGGCAGAGGCAGCGAGGACACCAGAGCGCCCACACGGCACUCUGUGCCCGGUCUGCCCACUGCGGAGGGCCACGGUGGCCACCCUCCAGCAGAUUUGCCCUUUCACAGCCCUGUUCCACCCCCGGAUUCAGUCCUGCCCUCCAGAACUUCCAAGGGCCCCAGGAGAUAAUUAGAAGGUAGAACCACAGAGGGGCACAGAGUCUCUGAGUUGAUUUUGAGAGCAGUCCUGUGAAAAAUGGGUUUCCUCACACGCUGUAUACUUCAGUGCUUGUUUCAGGUGCUGGGCUCUGUCCCAUUUGAAGAGCCGGGCGUGGCAGUGGAUUCUCAGCACCCAAUGAUCCUGGUGGUCAACAGCACAGUGAAAGGCAAAGAGCCCUGCAGUAUACACUAUCAUUUUGGAGAAUUCGGAAACUAUUCCCUGACAGUCAGGAGUGACCAUGGCAGCAAGAAGAUUUUGUGCAACAUAGUUAUCAAUCAAAAACCUGUGAACAGCUACCUCCCUAUUUUCUUUGCAUUUUUCAUCUCUAUGGGCAUCCUCAUUACACUGGCCUUGGGAAAGUUUUGUAUAAACAUUGAACCAAUCAGGAACUGGCUUUACAAGAAGAUGAAUCCAAGAGAAACGGAUCGUCUUAUUAAUUCAGAGCUUGGCUCCCCAAGACGGACAGAUUCCACGAGCAGUGAUUUGCCAGCAGGGGUGUGGAGCACAGGAUCAGCCAUGCCAAGACUUCGUUCCCUGGAUACGUUCAGAGGGUUGGCUCUUGCAAUUAUGGUCUUUGUGAAUUAUGGUGGAGGAAAGUACUGGUUCUUCAAGCAUCAGAGCUGGAACGGACUAACGAUAGCAGACCUCGUCUUUCCAUGGUUCGUGUUCAUCAUGGGCACCUCCACCGUCCUUUCCUUGAGCUCCGUGCUGAGGCGGGGCUGUUCGAAGGGGCGGCUGCUGCUGAAAAUCCUCUGGAGAAGUUUCCUCCUGUUCCUGAUUGGGGUCGUGGUUGUGAACCCAAAUUACUGCCUUGGGCCUUUGUCCUGGGAGAACCUGCGGAUCCCAGGGGUGCUCCAGAGACUGGGGUGCACCUACCUGGUAGUUGCUGGGCUGGAGCUCCUCUUUGCCAAGCCUGUGCCUGACAGCUCUAGCGUGGAAGCUCUUUCGUCCGUUUUCCAGGAUCUUCUGCCAUUCUGGCCCCAGUGGCUUUUCAUGACACUGCUUGAAGCAGUUUGGCUGUGCUUGACCUUCCUGUUGGACGUGCCUGGGUGUCCUACAGGAUACCUUGGUCCUGGAGGCAUCGGUGACUCUGGAGAAUAUCCCAACUGCACAGGAGGAGCGGCUGGGUACAUUGACCGUUGGCUCCUAGGAGAGAAACACAUCUACCAGCACCCAUCGUCUAAUGUGCUCUACAUGACAACAGUGCCCUUUGACCCUGAAGGAAUUUUGGGGACAAUCAAUUCUGUCAUCCUGGCCUUUCUGGGACUUCAGGCAGGAAAAAUCCUCUUGUUUUACAAAGACCAGCACCAACAGAUAAUGCUUCGCUUUUGUGUUUGGACUGCAAUACUGGGUGUUCCUUCUUUGGUCUUGACCAAAUGUUCCACGGAGGAAGGCCUCAUUCCUGUGAACAAAAACCUAUGGUCCAUCUCCUACGUGACCACCCUGAGCAGUUUUGCCUUCACCCUUCUGCUGUUGAUAUACUACCUUGUUGAUGUCAAGAGGGUGUGGUCAGGUGUUCCAUUCUUCUUCCUCGGUAUGAAUUCAAUUCUUGUCUACGUUGGACAUGAAAUAUUUGAAAACUAUUUCCCAUUUAAGUGGAAAAUGCGGGAUACACAAUCCCACAGUGAACACUUGGCUCAGGCUCUCAUCGGCACUUCUCUGUGGAUAAUUAUAUCCUACGUGCUUUACAGGAAAAGGAUAUUUUGGAAAAUCUAAUGGAACAUCGAAGGAAAGGCAAAGGAACAAACAGCCGGAGUGUGUGAACACUGAAGUGCUCUCUCCAAACACUGCACUGACUUUUUUUAAAAAAGGGAUUGUGUGUUUGAUUUACAUUCCAAAUAACUUUGAUGUGCAUAUUUAAGUAUAGUUAAAAUUUUGUUGACCAACGUGCCAUUUGUUACAACAAAGCAUUUUUCAAAUUAUCUACAUUGAUAUAUUAUUCCGUUUCUAAGUAAACAUACAAAACAACUUCUAGGCAGAAGAGUAAUUUUUAAA